GCUAAUUGGAGCUGAUCAGAAAUCAGAGCUUCAUGUCAUAUGAUUCAUCGAUUCAUGAUUGACGCCACUCCAUCAGAUUAUCGAUUGUUACUGACGAGAGAAUCUUAUCUCGCAUGAUGUCGCGCUUCGCAAUUGUAAUGUAGCGAGUUAUUAAAUCAUUCUAUUUAUUUUCUCAUGAUCACUCAUCAUGUCGGCCAAGAGCGAAGACAGCAAGGAUGAUAAUCUAAAUAGACAAGGCUCAUUUAGGAAGCUUGUACCAGGAAGCAAUCAUGGAGAUUCUCCAUUGAGUAUGUCUGCAAAAAUGAUUGAUAGACCAAUUGUGUGGCAAAUCAACAAACAACAUGCUAUUUUCUCACAGGAAUAUAACAUUUUGUCUGAAUAUAAGAUGUUAUGUUCUCAAGAUUUAAAGGGGAUUUAUGUGAUACCAUCUGCUUUGAACGCUUUAUUAUGGUUUGGUGUACAGUUCAUUCGGCAAGGAAUUUACAAAGGUGGAAUUUUUAGAUUCACCAUUACACUGCCUCCUAACUUUCCACUUGGAGAUUGCCCUAAAGUUGUGUUUGAAACUCAAAUAUUCCAUCCACUAAUAAAUCUAGAAAGUGGAGAAUUGUGCACAUCAUGGGGCUUUCCUGAAUGGAGAAGAAAUAACAGAAUUUGGCAAUUAUUACAGUAUAUCACUAAGAUAUUCAUUAAACUAGACGCGAAAAUGACUUCAAUAAACGAGGAGGCAUCUAGUUUGCAUGAAAAUAAUUUUGAAGCUUUUCGAGAUCGUGUGAAAGCAUGUGUAAAGGAAAGUGUAAAUCAAGUGUUUAACUCACCUACCAUGGAUGAUCCACAUUAUAUUACAUUUAAUGCAUAUGUGAAAGAAGUACACGACCCCAUUAAACAAGAGAUUUACGAAUCAAAAGACGAAGAAGAAAAUAAACCAAUGGGUUUGUCAUGGGUACAACCUGGUUCAUUUCAGCCAUUUUCAAAACCAGAAGCAAGAUAAUGGAGAAAUUUUAAACGCUGGCUAAAGUGAAACGAUAUACAUCCUUAAGAGCUAUAUGAAGAAAUUAUUGCUCUGGGUAAUCGUGCAAGCGGUAUCGAUAAAGUCACACAAAUUAUUAGGAAAGCUAUUUUUUCUAUUCAGAAAGUUUAUGUGUCUUAACAUAUUAUAUAGGUUUAUAUGUGUAUAAAGA